UAUUAUUAAAUUAGACAUGGAGUUGAAUGUUGCUAAUUUUUCGAAACAGAUAAAGGAACAGCAAGUUCUUGAACAGGAGCUGAAAUCACAGCCAAAGGGAGCAUCUGUGUACAAGCAACAACCAAACAGUCAAAUCUUUUUCAAGACCAGCCACGAGAAGAUGAUGGUAGAAUGUAAAAGAAACCUGGACAGUUUAAUAAAAGAAUACAAAGCUGCGGAAGUCAAAACAGACCCCAAGUUGCACGAGGACAGAUGAACGCACAAUGUACAUUGGUUCAUUACCAUAUUUAACACGCGUUUUAUUGGACCGAAUGGCUCUUCAUUUUAGGGCCCAUUUCUGCUGCCCUUACAUUGUGUUUAUCACUUGAUGAGUUUAACAAACAUGUCACUGUUCACAGGUUUUAAUGCAUCAGAGUUAUGUUAUGACCGCAUGCACAUUUGUUUAAAUGUACUGUUGCAUGAUUUGUGAACAACAGUUUGGUAUUGAACAAUUAUUACAGAUUUUCUUGUUGUACUUGUUGUCUACAGCUAGUUCAAUGGUCCCUUGUAUGAAUAAGCCAAUCAAACAAGGACAACCAUUUCGUGUAUGUACAGUGUAUGUACAGUUUAUUUCAAUAAUAUUGUGCUGGUAACACAUGUGUGCUUAAUAUAUAUAUAUAUAUAUAUAUAUAUAUAUAUAUAUAUAUAUAUAUAUAUAUAUAUAUAUAUAUAUAUAUAUAUAUAUAUAUAUAUUAUGCACACCUGUGUUAACAGCACAGUAUUAUAUAUUAAUAUUAUAAUAUAUAUAUAAUUUUUGAAUACGUUUCAAUAGUAAUUUCUUAUCUGCAUAUUUUGAAAAGCUACGUUAUUAAAUUAAAAAAUUGUUUGUGAAAGAAUGAAACUCAUGAUAUUUCACUGUCUUACUGUUUUGUAUGAGUUGAUGUGUAUGCAAACAACAUGUGCGUUAUUUCAUUCAUGUACAGCCUGUUAUAAUUGCUUAGCCAUGCUUUGCAACAUCUGAAGUUUGAGAGAGACUGCUGCCCAUUUUGUCAUAGAAAUUUCAAAAUUAAAUGGACUUGUUCACCGUUUUUCAAAAUAUUCUAAAGAAAAAUGUUUGCAAUAUCUUUAAAUAAGCAAAAUAACAUUUCCCUUCCUUUGAAAUCGUAAAAAUAUAUUUCGUUUGUAAUGCUUUUCACCAGAAAUGUAGAUGACAAUGAUAUCUUGGACAAGUUAAAAAAUGGUUCCGGUUUAUUGUCGGUCAUCAUGAAACUUGGUCAGAAGAUUUGUCCCAAUGAUAUCUUGGGCAAGUUAAAAAAUGGUUCUGGUUGUUUCAAAAACAUGGGCACCAGGGGCGUGACAUUUUUCCUUAUAUGUCUAAAUAUGGCUAUAGAAAAACCUUUUUAAAACUCUGGAGGCCACAUUUAUGGUCUGGUCUUCAUGAAACUUGGUAAACAAUGUGUCUCGGACAAGUUUGUAAAUUGUUCGGGUUGGUUUAAAAUCAUGGCCACCAGGGGGCGGGGCAAUUUCCCUUAUAUGGCUAUGGUAAAAACAUGUUAACACUCUUAGUCACAUUUAUAGUUUAAUCUCAAUGAUAAAAAAUUAUUAUGAGAUUAUGAUUUUUCUUCAGCAACAUUAAAUACCCUGCUUCAUUGCCUGCAUACCUGCAGAAUAUUAGCUGUUGUUCUCCAAUAUGUUAUUUGUAAUAUCAACAACUUGCUUAAUAUGUGUAAUGUUUGAUAAAUUGCGUAAUUUUUGUUAUGCCAAGUGUAUUGAUAUUUGUUCAUGAAUUAUGAAGCUUUGAUGAAAUAUCAUUAAACUGUAAGAACUA